AUGAGGGCUGAUAAAGAUGGAGCCAGGUCAGAGCUCAAUCACCUACAACUUCAGGUACUACAAUUCAGCCAAGUGUACUAUCAGGAUACGGUGACUGUCACUAGCAAAGGCCUAGAAAUGCAGCUUGUGAAGAUUCUAACCGUCUUCACUGCCAUUGAUUUCUCCUUCAACAAUUUCCAAUGGGAGAUACCAGAAGCUAUGGGAAGCUUGAUUUCACUUUAUGCUCUCAACCUGUCCCAUAAUGCUUUGACGGGCCAAAUCCCAUCAUCACUAGGGAAGUUGCGGCAGCUUGAGUCAUUGGACCUCUCACAGAACAGCCUUAGGGGGGAGAUACCAGCACAGUUUGUGAGCCUAAAUUUCCUUUCCUUCCUUAACCUCUCCUUUAAUCAACUGGAGGGAGAAAUCCCCACAGGUACUCAACUUCAAACGUUUUUGGAAUCUUCUUAUGAAGGGAACAAAGAACUAUGCGGACCCCCCUUGAAGAGGAAGUGCACAGAUCCAUCCCCACCCACCUAUGAAGAAACACAUCCGGAUUCUGGGAUGAAGAUUAACUGGGUGUACAUAGGUGCUGAAAUUGGAUUUGUCACCGGUAUAGGAAUUGUGAUUGGGCCUCUUGUGUUAUGGCGAACGUGGAGACGAUGGUACUACACACAUGUGGAUAGACUUCUUUUGAGGAUUCUCCCGCGUCAAGGCGAAGGAGUUCAUGGCAGGAGACGUCAUAGAAGUCAGGGACGGAGACUCUAG